CUGCACACGGCUUUUGAAUAGGUUUCCAUAUUUAUAGUAACGAAAAAGCUUCCUAUCAGUCAUUUAUAGACAAAUGACGGAAGCUUACGUUGGACGGCCAAAUGAACGCAUGGUUGAUAGGUGAUGCGCUAUAAGCGACACAAGUUGGUGAUAUAUCUAUUUACCGGAUUACCUCUUGUGUCCUUCCAUGUUGUAGCCAGAUUGGUUUGAAAGCGGAACGCGGAUAGAUCGCCUAGACAUUUUUGAACACAGACCACAGGUGCCAUACGCCAAACGACAAUAGCGGUGAUGCCGUGCCCGGAUGACGAUGCCUGUAAUACUGGCGUGCGUGAUAAAAAGGAUGCUCAGGAUAAUGGCAAACAGGCGACAUUUAGUAUCAGACCCAACAAAGGAAAACCGACCCUCGAUGACCUUUUCCAGAGGCUGGGAGUUUGGCACAUUCCAAUAUUUCUGUUCGGUUUUCUUCGCGGUAUACCGGUGACAAUGUUGAUGAUGUACGUCGUUUUUUCAGCGCCUACCCGUCAACAUUAUUGGUGCACAAACGCGAAGGACGACAACAACACGGUCCCAGACAGGAAUACGUGUAAUGGCAGCUGUACCUCAUUCGAGUUCGAUCGAACGGUAUACGGCUAUACAAUCAUGGAGCAAUACGGACUCGUCUGUGAUCGAAUUUGGCUGGCGUCGCUAGCGCAAUCGCUCUAUCUCUGGGGUCUAAUGGUGGGGGGUGUUCUUCAUGCGCACAUCUCCGAUUGGUGGGGCCGGAAGACCGUAAUGGCAGUAUCGCUCGUUUGGACCACGAUCGUCUCAGCUAUAACAGCAUUCGCGCCGAACAUUUAUUUUUUCAUAGUAGGAAGGUUCAUCAGUGCGUGCGGCGUUGUCGGCUUUGCCGAAGCAGCUUUUACUUUAGUGGUGGAAACGGUGAGCCCACAACAACGGUAUAUGCCGACGCUGACAAUUGGAACGGGUUGGUCGACUGGAAUGUUGAUUCUACCAUUGUUCGCGUGGUUUCUCAGAGACUGGACGUAUCUCCAGCUACUCACUGCAGUAACUGUGCUACCCUUGUGCGCUUUGUGGUUCCUCGUACCAGAAUCGCCUAGAUGGCAGUUGAGUACUGGUCGUUUGAACGAAGCUGAGAAAAACCUUGCGAGUCUUGUCAGGAAUAACUCGGAUUAUUCUGAGUCGGAUGUGUCGCACUUAGUAGAUGAACGACGAAAGGCCGCUGUUGGCAUACGCAACGGGAAAACUUCAGCGCGACCCACCUUAUUUGCCGUCGCUAAAAGAGAGUACAGGACGACUACUUUCGUUUUUACAUUCUGCAUGGCGGUCUCAAAUUUGCUAUGGUAUUACCUGACAGUGUCUACGACCACAGUUGCAGAAAGUAACCCAUAUCUUGGUUACUCUUUAGCAGCAUUAUCUGAAUAUCCUACUAAGUUAAUUAACAGUGCUCUCAUCAAAUGGGCUCCCCGUAAGCGAACGCUAUUCGUAUCGUUUGGCUGCUCGUGUGUCGUUCUUGUCGCCGUCAUCUUCCUACCAAAAGAGUGUUCCUGGACGAAGCUCGGCCUAUUAAUCAUGGGAAAAGUCUGCACCUCAGUCAAUAUGUCCGUUUCUCGGGUGGCCAUAUCCGAGGCAUACCCCACGGUAAUUCGUGCGUUAGCCAUCUCUCUUGCCGCUACAGCGGGUCGUAUCGGCUCCUGCAUCGCACCAUUCUUUGAGGAACUUGAACGCGCAAGUUCGUGGAAGUUUCUGCCGAUGGGUGUCAUUGCAGGACUUUGCCUGUUCGCAUCUAUUCUUACGCGACUUUUAAACGAAACCUUCGAACAGCCCCUGCCCGAUAACGUAAAGAAAGACGAAGGUAACGUUACUAACCAUCAGAAUGCUAAAAAUGAAAGUGAGAAUAAUCGAGCAAACGACAACAACAACAACAACAACGGCGCUUUGAGGAAAGAAGCGUAAUUGACACUUCGGAGUCUUCCUCGGAAAUUGUCUUAUGUGUUUUGCGGAUAUGUACUCAUCAGCUGUGUAGACCUAUAGAGGAUCUGACUGUCUGAGCUGCUUUUGAAUUAUCGUAAGAGCCAGUUCAGAGCUCAAGCAGACAUGCUAACGUAAUAUAUAAUCUGUAGCGACUGCAAAAUAACCAUAAGUGUAUGCAUUUUUCCUUGUAUAAUAAGUUCAUAUAUUUUAAUUAGGU